AGCGAAGCCCGAUGUGGUCCGGAGGCGGUGGGAAGGCGCGGGGCUGGGAGGCCGCGGCGGGAGGGAGGAGCAGCCCCGGCAGGCUCAGCGCUUACGCCCCGCCUCUGGUGGCUGCCUAAAACCUGGCGCCGGGCUAAAACAAACGCGAGGCAGCCCCCGAGCCUCCACUCAAGCCAAUUAAGGAGGACUCGGUCCACUCCGUUACGUGUACAUCCAACGAGACCGGCGUUAAGCCGCCGCCGAAUCAUGUCGAUGAGUCCAAAGCACACGACUCCGUUCUCAGUGUCUGACAUCUUGAGUCCCCUGGAGGAAAGCUACAAGAAAGUGGGCAUGGAGGGCGGCGGCCUCGGGGCUCCGCUGGCGGCGUACAGGCAAGGCCAGGCGGCACCGCCAGCCGCGGCCAUGCAGCAGCACGCGGUGGGACACCACGGCGCAGUCACCGCCGCCUACCACAUGACGGCGGCGGGGGUGCCCCAACUCUCGCACUCCGCCGUGGGGGGCUACUGCAACGGCAACCUGGGCAACAUGAGCGAGCUGCCGCCUUACCAGGACACCAUGCGGAACAGCGCCUCCGGCCCCGGAUGGUACGGCGCCAACCCAGACCCGCGCUUCCCCGCCAUCUCCCGCUUCAUGGGCCCAGCGAGCGGCAUGAAUAUGAGCGGCAUGGGCGGCCUGGGCUCGCUGGGGGACGUGAGCAAGAACAUGGCCCCGUUGCCAAGCGCGCCGCGCCGGAAGCGCCGGGUGCUCUUCUCCCAGGCACAGGUGUAUGAGCUGGAGCGACGCUUCAAGCAACAGAAGUACCUGUCGGCGCCGGAGCGCGAGCACCUGGCCAGCAUGAUCCACCUGACACCCACGCAGGUCAAGAUCUGGUUCCAGAACCACCGCUACAAGAUGAAGCGCCAGGCCAAGGACAAGGCGGCGCAGCAGCAGCUGCAGCAGGACAGCGGCGGCGGGGGCGGCGGGGGCGCCGGGUGCCAACAGCAGCAACAAGCUCAGCAGCAGUCGCCGCGCCGUGUGGCGGUGCCCGUCCUGGUGAAAGACGGCAAACCGUGCCAGGCGGGCGCCUCUGCGCCGGGCGCGGCCACCCUGCAGGGUCACGCGCAGCAGCAGGCACAGCAGCAGGCGCAGGCCGCGCAGGCGGCAGCAGCGGCUAUCUCGGUGGGCAGCGGCGGGGCCGGCCUGGGCGCACACCCGGGCCACCAGCCGGGCAGCGCAGGCCAGUCUCCGGACCUGGCACACCACGCCGCCAGCCCCGCGACGCUGCAGGGCCAGGUCUCCAGCCUGUCUCACCUGAACUCUUCGGGCUCGGACUACAGCACCAUGUCCUGCUCCACCCUGCUAUAUGGUCGGACCUGGUGAGAGGACGCCAGCCCGCCCCAGCCCUGCGCGCUGCCUCACCGCUUCCCCUCCUGCCCGCCACACAGACCACCACCCCCAGGCUGCUCCACAAGCUUCGACUUUUUCUUGAGAACCUGUCCGCAUUUAGACCAAGGAGGGGGGGAACCCACAAAGGCCAAACUGCUGGACGUCUUUCUUUUUCUAAAAUUUGUGGGGGGGUUUAAAAAAAAAAAGAAAAAAACAACCAAGCGAAUCCAACCCUUCUUAAGGAAUCUUUAAACAGAGAAGGACAUAAAACAGCUUUGGGGGUGCUUUUUUGGUGAUUCCAAUGGGUUUCCCACGCCGGGGCGGGGCCCCACUUGGAGAGGGCUCUACACUGACACGGCUAUGAACUCUAAAGAUCGAAAACUUCAUACUGGGUACACUCUGCCAGUAAAGUGGACUCGCUUGUAAAUAUCAGGAAUUUAUUUUAGGGAGGAGAACGGGAGUUGGGGAGAGGAAAGACUCUUCAAUAUAACCCACUUUCACUGACACAAAGGAAGUGCCGCUUCCCGGCGCCCUCUAGCCGCCUAGGCAGCCAGGACCGUUCAUCCAGGAAAAUUGUUUUAUGUUUGAUGUGAACUUGUAGCUGUAAAAUGCUGUCAAAAGUUGGACUAAAUGCCUAGUUUUUAGUAAUCUGUACAUUUUGUUGUAAAAAGAAAACCACUCCCUGUUCCCAGCCUCUCACAUUUUUUAUGGGCAUCGACAAAUCUGUGUAUAUUAUUUGGCAGUUUGGUAUUUGCUGGUCAGUCUUUUUCUGUUGUAACUUAUGUAGAUAUUUGGCUUAAAUAUAGUUCCUAAGAAGCUUCUAAUAAAUUAUACAAAUUAAAAAGAUUCUUUUUCUGAUUAAAA